UCGCCGCGCUGUUGGCAGAUUAUUUUAGUGUGCAGCAGUGUUUUUGUUAUUAUAUUAACUGAGCUGGAUAACACAUAAUCGGAAAGAAAAUAUCCACUAACGUGAUUAUCGUAGAGAAAUUAUCUGCCAUCUUCAGGGUUUGAGUGCUAACUAAUGUAGGUAUUGGGGAAGAGUAGUAAAAGUAAAACUUUCAUGCGAAAUACCAAAAACCGAAGUUUGUUGACAGUAAAGUAAAAACAGAUUCACCAUCUGAAGGCAAUUAUGCCAUUCUACAAGUAUCUUCUUUCACCGAAACUCUUCAAAGAGUAUGACGGUUCGAAGGAUUUGUAUGAACCCGGAACGCUAGAAAAGUAUGGCGAUCAACUACUGGCAGCUCUGAAUUUGAUGUGGAGUUUUGGAUACUACACAUCCCCACUGUUGAUUACGUUUCUCUACCGUCGUGGAUACUUUGUGGCGGAGUCGGUUGGUACGCUGGCCAAGUUCACAACCGGAAUCGGACUACUGGUGGCCGUUUCGCUGUGCAUGCGUGGCCUGGGCCGGUCCAUGAAUGUAGUUUACGUACGAUUCGCCGAGUGUCUCGAGAAUGCCAAGCGCCACGACAGAACCCCGGACAGCAAAAAUCAAAUCCGGAAGUAUGACUUUGACUUUAAGCAAUGGCCGGUGGACUUUACCGUCACGAGUAGUGUACAACGUGCGCAAGUUCCUCGAAACAAGCCUUUCUGGAUCUCAUCAUUGCCCUGUCAGAUUGCGGCUUAUUUGGCGAUUCAUACUUUUGGAAUACGUAUGAUCUAUCCGGGUUCGGUACAAUUGCUGCAAAGCUAUAUUGAACCUAUGUUGCUACAAGGCCGCACCAAGCUGAUGACUGAAGAGAGGGGCAAGCGUAAUAAAGUGAAAACAGCUGACAGUAAUGAAAUCGAUACCGUGUUCAUCGACAAUCGCGACAAGAGUUCCAAUGGACGUACAUUGGUGCUCUGUUCCGAAGGAAAUGCAGGCUUCUACGAGAUUGGUAUAAUGUCUACGCCCAUAGAACUGCAGUAUUCGGUUUUAGGAUGGAACCAUCCAGGGUUUGCUGGCAGUAGUGGUUCUCCCUACCCAGAUCAAGAUCAAAACGCAGUGGACGCCGUAAUGCAGUUUGCGAUAACUGAUCUUGGUUUCACCCCAGAAAACAUAGUCCUUUAUGGUUGGAGUAUCGGUGGAUAUCCAACGCUUUAUGCUGCUUCACAGUAUCCCGACGUCAAGGGCGUUAUUCUUGAUGCCACCUUUGAUGACGUGCUGCAGCUGGCUAUACCGAGAAUGCCGGAAAGCCUUUCCAAUAUCGUCAAAAUUGCCAUCAGAGAUUACAUGAAUUUAAAUCAUACGGAACUGAUCUCGCAAUACAGUGGUCCUGUGAUGCUUAUUAGACGUACUGAAGAUGAAAUUAUUUGCUCAGAAGAUAACAAUCUUGCUACUAACCGUGGAAAUUUCCUACUGAUCAGUAUGCUGAAGCAUAGAUUCCCCAAUAUAUUUAAAUCAGAUCAGGAAAAUCUGGCCAAGGAAAUUCUAGCAAAGCCGAUUGAAUUUAUGAGGAAUGGUAAGAGAUUGCUCGGUUUAAAACUUACUUUUUACAAAAGUAUUAAAUUACUAACCAAAAAUCUUACAGACUCCGAUGAUCUCUGUCUCUCGCUACUGAUGUCCUACCUGACAGACAACGGCAACAACGGAACGUCACGGAGUUAUCCCAUUGAAAUCGGCCAAGACUACACCAGUGAGCAAAGAGAUUCGAUGGCUAAAUUCCUCAUGAAAAAGCACCUGCAAGAUUUUAAGUCCACUCACUGUACUCCGCUGCCCGCGGAGUACUUCCAGCUCCCAUGGGAAAUUCCUAGCGAUACGGACUUUGUGUUCACCUAAAUGCAUUUUAUUGGACACUAGGCUCUUAUCCAAAUGAUCGCAAACUUUGCAAAAAUGCACGCCCGCAUAAUCAGCAACUUGUACUACGUUCCAAUACUAUUCUCAACUGCAAAUUCAGAGAGCCCGGAGAUUGAAGAGUAAACAAUAUUAGCGACAGUGUGUUUCCUUAGCCUAGAAAGGUAAGUUUGUUUUCUUUUAUCGUUUUGUAUUUCAAAUUCAACUCACUCUAUUCGGUGUAUGACAUUAUUGGCAGUGGGAAUAGCAACUAUUAAAAAAGUUUAUUCAAAAAUGUGCAACUACCUUAUACAAAUAUUUAAAAGCUGAUCUAUCUAAAAAG